AUGACGGGCUCCGUCGGAGCGGCUACAGCGGCCAUGCCUGGUCGCGGAAACAGGGCUUUUGCAUCGGACAACGAAUACCAGGUCGUACUGCCUACUUUGCCUACAGGUCGUCUUGUCUUAAAUACCGUUUUCCUGCACGGGGACAUCAGUGCCCGCCCAUACCGGGUGGAAGAUUUUCGUGACGCGCUCGCUCCACUUUCGCUCCUGCCGGAAGUUAUCGCCUUAGGCGCGUACCGCAUGAGUCAUGUGUGGGCGGUUACAUUCAAGGAUGCCGACGCCGCGAAGAAGAUUCUCAACAUCGGCGAGUUGAAAGUGAAGAAUGCGAGAUGUCUCGUGAUCGACCCUGCAAACCGGGAUGUUCGAAUGAAGCUGCACUGGCUCCUUCACAGCGUACCAGACGAGGACGUGCGUCUUGCCUUCUCGCCAUUUGGGAAGGUGACGGACGUCUCAAGAGAGCUGUGGCGCGCUCACGGCGUGUCUGAUAAGGGGUCAACUACGAGGAUGGUGACCUUGAAGUUGAACGCUGGCGUGAAGCUCGACGACCUGCCGCACCAGGUGAACGUUGCUGGAGAGCUGGCGCUUGUUGUCGUAUCGGGCAGGCCACCCCUGUGCCUUCGCUGCCGUGGCACAGGUCAUAUUCGGCGUGACUGUCAAAUUCCACGGUGUGGUUCGUGCCGUCGCUUUGGACACGACGAGGGCCACUGCGCACGGACGUACGCCAGCGUCGCCGGGCCAGUGAGCAGUGAUGAGACGUCAGCACUUCUCAUGGAUGAGGCCGACGCGGAGGAGGCAUCGAAAGAAGCUAGCGGAUCAGCGGUGCAGGAGACCACGUCGGCUGCUCCUAGGGCGCAUCAGCUGGAUGCGCAACCCAAGGCUCGCGCAUCUCCUGAACAGACGCCUCUACCUCCGGCACAGGACGCCGUGGCGGCGUCAAAGAACGCAGCGGAAACGCCUGACGCGUCUUCGGAGAACGCCACCCAACCGGUGGCGGAGCCCAUGGACUUUUCCCCUGAAGGGUCCAGCCACAUGGCCGGAAAGCGGUCGCACGAGGAGGCCGUGAGCAAGGCGUCGCAACCGGAUGAAAUAGGCGGUGAUGAGCCUCCUUUUAAAGCAGCAGGUAUGAGGCGAGCGUCCUGGAAACUGCGGCCGAACAUUCCGGCCGAAUCACGGCAGGCGGGGAAACCGCCUCCGUAGUAACGUGCUGUAGAUCCCUAAAUGGGGUAUGGGGGCGUGCGAUGUUGUCGUGAGGGUAGACACCAUAAGAUAGGGUUUCUUUUCUCUCGAUAUGGCGAUCCACUUUCCUGAAGCACUACGUGUAGCGACUCUGAAUGUACGAGGUCUUGGAGCAAGAAGGCGACAGUGUCAACUUAGUCGCCUUCUCUUAGAAAAUAAUCUACACGUGGUGGCAAUCCAAGAAACCAAAAUCGAUAGCCAGGAAGCGACUGAUCGAAUGGUGUCCACUUUCCGUCAGCAUUACGAUGUUUGUGUGUGUCAUUCUGUCGGUGCCUCUGGUGGUUGUGCCCUUUUCAUCCGCAAUAGUGUCGGUAUAACUGUGCAAUUGCUCUUUUCGUGCCAAAGUGGACGCCUCCUGGUUGCCGAUUUUUCGCAAUAUGGUCUGAAUUUCCGUGUCAUUUGUGCUUACGCUCCAAAUGUAGAGGCGGAGAGAAAAGAGUUUUUUGAGCGUUUUCAGAUGUAUGUUGAUUGUAAAAAAGUACUAGUUUUGUUGGGUGACUUCAAUUGUGUUUGUCGUUCGGUAGACCGUGUAAAAGGUUUGCCAGUGCGAGAUAAGAGUGCGGAGGUCUUGAAUGUUGUAGUUCACGACCACAACUUAGAAGAUCUCGGAAGUGUUGUCACAAAUG